CAGCCAGACAGAGACAGAGAGGAACCCUCUUGUCAAGUUUCACUGUGACCCUGCAGAGCAUCAGGGUUUUAACAGAUUUAUUUCUUCGUUGUUUUCCUUCUACACUGGGCUCUCUGUGGCUUUUUCUCCUUCCUCAGAUAACUGUGUCGAUGGCAGUCAUUCUUCUGAAUAUCUGAUUUUGGCCUCAUCACUACUUUCUGUAUUGCAGACGGGCAAGCGUGACGCAUGGACACUGACAGGGCGCACACUUCUUACUAAGAAAUUCAAUUUUUGUUGCUGAAAGUUAAGGUUAUUUCAGUUAUUAUUAUUUUUUUUUUGUAUUUUUUUGGGGGGGGCAUUUACAUUUUUUUCCUCAAGGAUGCGCGUCUUAACUUGGAAUAGAUGCUGUGUUUUGAUGUUUCUCGUCGCCACAAUGAAGACGGGGACAUCUCAGAUACCAGAGACGCGCCCAAAGGCGAACUCAAUCAAACCAGCUUUGUUGGAAGAGACACCUACACCCGCUACAAACCACUCAACCACUGUGCACACCGGGAUCACCAAGAAAUAUAACAUCCUUGCACAGCAGGUGUAUCCAUGCAGCAAUGACAAGGAGUGCAGUGUGGGAAGCUACUGCCACAGUCCUCAACAGGCUCCCUCUCGCUGCCUCACCUGCCGCAGGAGGAAGAAGCGCUGCCAUCGAGAUGCCAUGUGCUGUCCUGGGAACCGCUGCAGUAACUAUAUCUGUGUCCCUAUCUCUGAGAGCGUGCUCUCACCUCACAUCUCAGCUUUAGACGAGCAUAACAAACUCUCCACCAAAGACCACAGCUGGAGGAAGAGUGGGAAAGCACAUGCUAAGCAUUCUCUUAAAGGGCAUGAGGGUGACCCUUGCCUGCGUUCCUCUGAUUGCUCAGAGGGCUACUGCUGCGCGCGCCAUUUCUGGACCAAAAUCUGCAAGCCAGUGCUAAGGCAGGGAGAGGUGUGCACCAAGCAGAGGAAGAAAGGCUCUCACGGCUUGGAAAUCUUCCAGCGCUGUGACUGUGCCAAGGGCCUUUCCUGCAAGGUGUGGAAAGACGCCACCUCCUCGUCCAAGUCCAGGCUGCACAUGUGCCAGAAGAUCUGAAGCGGGGGCAGCUGCUUGUCAGCGUAUAGAGGCCUCUGACUCCAUCUGCCAGGGGAAGAUCUUUUUUUAAAGGAUGGGUUGUGGCUGGAUUUAAAGGAGUAAAAGACAGAGACUAACAAGAGGCAGAAAAGACUGUGUGGGUCUGAAUUCGCUAUUCAGCGAGCAGAGAGUGAAUGCUUUCAUGUGUUUGCUGUGAGUGGUCCAUCCCUGCACCCACAUACAAACAAGCACACUCAUAUACACACACUUCACGGGAGCUCAUGGUGUGUUUGUUCACAAAUACAACAACCUUUUAACACAUUCUCGUGACAUUCAGGGAGCCACAAAGUUAGCCAGUGAAUGCUGUGAUAGUUAUGGACCUUUUCUACAUGGAGGAGGUAACAGUCUUUUAUCAGGCUUCAACCUAUAACAGAUAAAUUACACACAAGCCAUAUUUUUACUGCACUCUUUACUAAUAUCCAAAGUCAAAGAUCUGAUAUGUGACAUCCUGUGUUUCGUUACUGGAUGUGCCAUAAUUAGUUAAUCAAAUUUCAAUAUCUCACUCAUCUUGGUGUUUGUCUUAAAGUCUUGAGGAAUUCAGCUAUUGCUAUGCAAGACAAUUACAACCAGUAACAAUGUGCAGACCCAGAAAAUACCAGUCAUAUCAUAUGAGGAACUAAUUGCAUCAACUUCACUCCAGAGCUCGACUUGUGUAACAGCAUCCUGAGACUUCAAUGCGUCGUGUAAUACUCUUAAACCAAAGAAUGAAAGAAUAUUUACAUCAGAGUGAUGAGUUUCAUCUGGGAUAUUAGCUCCUCGCCCCAAUUUUAGCCACAAGAAGAGAGAUAAAGUAUUGUGUCCAUUGUGGAGAGCUCGUUUGAUCUGUCAGAUCCAGCUGCAAUCUAUUGUGAUACAACUGUGUGGGUUAAAACAGUUUGCACUGAGGUAGUGCUCCGCUGCAGACUUAGUGGUUCCGAUACCAGACUGGAGAAUGGUUCUGCUUUUCCAAUCACAUGAACAGGAUUCAAGGAUAACCAUGGAAGUGCAAUUUUUUCCGUUUACGUAGCCAGUAGGAAUGGAGACGUGAAAAGAUUGAUUAGAGUUACAAAAAAAUGCUCCAUAAACCUGAUGUUUUCAAACGGAAUUACAGUUUGAGUCAACAUUUAGUUGAUGGCAAACAGCCCUGUUUAUUUUUUCAAAUACGACUGCAUACUUUCUUCUCAUGAAAUACCGUGCAGUUUGUGGUACUGGAGUUGAAAAAAUGCUUUCAUCCUCUCCAGUACAACUUCUUAAAACAACCACUUGUUACCUUCAUAGUCAAUAUAAUAUCACAUUCGCCUCUUUUUGCUUUAAUGUUUUUAGAGCAUCAACUACACAUAUUUUGUAACCAUUUAAAAUAUCAAUAAGCUCUUAUAUUGUAAAUAGACUGGAAACAAUGAAAAUGUAUUUAAGAAUCCAUGUAUAUCAUGUACAUAUAAUAAAAGUAUGAAUCUUAAACGUUACAGCAAAAAAGACCUAGGUGAGAAGAGUAAUGAGGGAUGGAAUAGGACGAGCACAGCUGGAUAGAUUCAGAAUAAUGUAGUUGAAAUGAUAAAAGCUGUGUGUAUAGGCAGAGGGGAAGGGCAUAGAUAGCUCUGACUGGUAUUACAGACUGGAUGCAUCAAAUAAAGAGAGACAAGCACAUUAAUUUCCAAAAUAGUUUGUGUAAAUGGUGUGUAAAUGGUUUCAAGAUUUAUAUCCCACUAAAUAUUAUUUGUGUUGAU